AUGUCUGAAGGCACAACCGUUGACGCUGUGGAGAAACUUUCUAUUGGUGAACUCUUCACAUCAGAAAAACAUGGUGAUGAUACGUCUGGUGAUGGUUCGGAGUUAAAACCUUUCAAGACUAUAUUGCAGGCCAUGAAACAUGCUGGAAAAGAACCAUUUCCAGUGAUUUAUGUAGAUUCUAAAGCCGAAGACAAUAAAUUUGAACCUGCUCCUAAAACUCAGUUAAAGAAAAAUCAAAAAUUUUGGGUCAGAGAGCAUCAUAAAAAUGUAGAAAAAGCCAAAAAAGAAGAAGAAGAUGCUGCUAAAAGGAAUAAAAAUCUAGAAGAAGCAAAAAAAUUGAUAUUAUCUGAAGAUUCUACUUUACCACCGGCAACUUUAAUUAAAAUAAAAAAUGCUUCUGGAUAUCGAAAUUCAAGGAUUAAAAUCUAUGGAUGGGUACAUAGACUUAGGAGACAAGGAAAAUCAUUAAUGUUCAUCACAUUAAGAGAUGGCACGGGUUUUAUUCAAACAGUUCUUAACGAAAAAUUAUGUCAAACCUAUAACGCUUUAAUGUUGUCUACUGAAUCAUCUGUUCUUCUUUUUGGAGUUUUGAAAGAAGUUCCUGAAGGAAAGUCUGCACCAGGAGGGCAUGAACUUCAAGUUGAUUAUUGGGAAUUAAUUACAUUAGCACCGCCUGGUGGUGCUGAUUCUAUAUUGAAUGAAGAUGCCAAUCCAGAGGUGUUAUUGGAUAAUAGACAUAUUGCAAUUCGCGGAGAAAAUACAUCCAAAAUUUUGUUAAUGAGAUCAGUGGUAACCCAAGCAUUCCGUAUGCAUAAUUUAGAUAAAGGCUGCAUUGAAGUUGUACCACCUACAUUAGUACAGACUCAAGUGGAAGGCGGGUCUACAUUGUUUAAACUGGAUUACUUUGGACAAGAAGCAUAUUUGACUCAAAGUUCUCAGCUUUAUUUAGAAACUUGUUUACCAGCACUUGGUGAUGUAUUUUGUAUGGCACAAAGUUAUCGUGCUGAACAGAGUCGUACAAGAAGACAUUUAUCUGAAUAUACUCAUGUAGAAGCUGAAUUUGCAUUCAUUACUUUUGAUGAUCUACUUGAUCGAAUUGAAGAUAUGAUUUGUGAUGUAGUGAACCGUGUUUUGGAGUCACCACAUGCAGAUAUUGUGAAACAAUUAAAUCCAAAAUUUGCUGCACCAAAAAGACCGUUUAAAAGGAUGGAUUAUAAAAUGGCCAUUCAAUUUUUGCGUGAAAACAACAUAACCAAGGAAGAUAAUUCAUUUUAUGAAUUUGGAGAGGACAUUCCGGAAAUGGCUGAAAGAAAAAUGACGGAUUUGAUAAAUGAGCCAAUUAUGUUGUGCAGGUUUCCCGCUGAAAUCAAAUCAUUCUAUAUGUCUCGAUGUCCUGAAGAUAAUACUCUUACUGAAUCUGUGGAUGUGUUAUUACCUGGUGUUGGUGAAAUUGUUGGUGGUUCAAUGCGUAUUUGGGACGAAGAAGAGCUACUGGCUGGUUAUAAAAAGGUCGGAAUCGACCCAAAACCGUAUUAUUGGUAUACUGAUCAGAGAAAAUUUGGAUCAUGCCCUCACGGUGGAUAUGGCUUAGGAUUGGAAAGAUUCAUGUGUUGGUUAUUGAAUAGAUACCACAUCCGUGAAGUUUGUCUGUAUCCAAGAUUUUUAGACAGAUGUACUCCAUAA